GUAAGGACGCUUUCCUACCCAUGAGUGUGGAUAGCGUCACCUUGUACACGCAAGGUGAUGACCCUCAUCCUCCCGUUGCGGCAUUUCCCUGUUUUCUUUGAUCCGCAGUAUCCAUACAUCUUCUCAAGUGAAGCCGUUAUUCUCUCCGAUUGAAGCUCCCCUUCUUCCGAGUCCUGCUUGCUUUGACGUCAGGGCGUAACCUUUGGCAGGCCUGUUCAUGUCCUGAAAACGGCCAGACGACCAGCGUGGGGAGCGCUGUCUCAACCUUCUCCAUCAUAACGUCCACACUUGAAGAUGCAUCCAUAUUAUAUCGUCGCACUCUCCUUCCUGACAGCCGCAUUGCCCGGCCUCUCGGCUGCUCAGGAUGGCUCAGCAUUGCGGCGACGACAGAAUGUCAGCUCCGACUCUGAAUUCCCCGACUUGACCUCAAAUACCCCGGCUCCUUCCACGGUUUCUUCAGCUUCGCCAACUGCUACCACUACCCAGGGUAACGAUGAGACUUCAUCAACACAAACGUCUGCUUCAAGUAUAGCCCCACCCUCUGCGGCUCAGUCAACAGCCUCGCGAUCCCUGUCUGCGGGUGCUGCAUCGUCCACUGAGACACGAGAAGAGGGUCCAGGUCAGGACAACAAUACAUUGCCAUUGGAACCGAGGAUCACACCAGCUCUGGGAAUUGCUGGCGUAUUACUCAUCGCCUUGGGAGGCGUGUAUGCUCUGGUCGGAGUCAAGAGCAGGUGGCUACAGAUUUUCCUGUCCAGCGGCUUCUUGGCCAGUAUUGCAACCACUGCGCUAGUGGAUUAUGUCAUGAAGCCCCCAGUCAGCGAUGCUAUACAAGGUGGCUUCUUUGUCGCAAUUGUCAUGACAGGGGCUGUGUUUGGUGCCGGCGCUCUCGUCUUCAAGGAAUUUACUGAAGGACUUGGUUGCUUAUUGGGCGGCUUCACCUUGAGCAUGUGGUUGCUCACCCUCCGCCCUGGAGGCUUGAUCCAAAGCCAGGGGGGGAAAGGUGCUUUUAUUGGCAUCUUUUGCUUUGUUGCCUGGGCCCUUUCCUUCACCUCAUACACCCGCCCAUACGCCUUGAUUGGCUCAACCGCAUUCAGCGGCGCCACAGCCUUCACCCUCGGAAUCGACUGCUUCACGAGGGUUGGAAUGAAGGAGUUUUGGUUCUACCUCUGGGAAUUGAAUGACAACCUCUUUGCCCUCGAUGUUGAGACAUAUCCCUUGACGAGGGGCAUGCGGGUGGAAAUUGUCGUCAUUGUGAUUGGUACCAUCAUUGGCAUCCUUUCGCAGAUCAAAUUGUGGAAGGUCGUUCGUUCCAAAGAGAAAGAGACUGAGGCUCAGGAGGCGGAAAAUGCCAGACAGAGCGAAGCCAUUGGGGCUGUGUUGGGCCGACAUCUACAAAGACACAACGACCGUGAAAAAUUGCAGUGGGAACGCUUACACGGCGAUAGGCUGCAAAGUCAACGAAAUACCAUCAUGUGGAAGAAUGCACCAUUGGAUAAGCGUUAUUCUUCAGUCUCCGUGCUGGAAGUCUCGGGUGUAGGCCACGAUUCACCGCAGGCAAGAGACCUGGAGAUGAAUGCCCUUGGCCCAAGUCGGGUUCCUUCUACCUAUUCGAUGAAAAGGAAGCACCAGAGCACCACAACAAUCGACAUUAUCGAAGAAGUCGAAGAAGAUCCCAGGACAGUGGCGGAAACCCAACAUCAUCAAAGAGCUCUUCGCGCACUGGAACGAGUAGAAGAGACAUCCGAAGAUAGGAGGAGUGUACAGCGGAGAAGCCAGGCACACAACGAUGCUUCUGGUGCAGUCUGCAACCAUACGCAGUCGAAGUCGGCCCAAGCAGAAGACAGCCAUAAUGGCAAUGUUUCCACCUUGAGACGCAAGUCUCAACAAUCAUUGAAGAGGCUAUCGGCACAUCUAUCCCCGCCUUACGUGGCUGAUGAUGCAUCUGACUCCCGAGAACAGUUGAUCGAGAGUGAGCGUCCAUACAGUCGUGCAUCAUCGGUGGCAGCUACUAUGGAUGAAGAGGAUGAAAGUGUUCUAGCAGCCGGAUUAGCGGACCAAGAGGAGACGACAACCUCUGGACUAGCAAUUGUGGUUACCCCGCCGGCCUCAAGCGAAGGUGAAACGCGGGAGUCGAACAAGGGAACAGACACAUUCUCCUCGGACGUAUUAGGGCCGGAAUCGGAACCAGCCACCAGUUCCUCCCAAGCGGGAGAGAAGGCAACAGGGUCAGAUGUGAUCCAGAAAGAUGGUCCACAAUCACAGCUUUCGAAUGAAAGCCAGAGUACUUCGGAAAUCCUGACCGCUGAUGCGCUUUCGCAAGUGCCCACACACUUGUCAAAUGUCGUUUUGUCUUAUAGGACCAACGAAUGGGCGAAGCACAUCGCAGAAGCAGACGUGCCCUUGUAUGAGGAGCCAGAGACAAUCCAGGCUAGUGAUGUGGAAGCGCCGACCCAGCUGGCAAACGCGACAGCGCCAUCAGGGUCGAGAAUUGACGAGAACCAACCUGCGGUCGAUGUGCCUCCGGCAGAACCACUGCCAUCUACUGUCACAGCCGGAGGAUCCGGGGUUGGCAUAGCCGUGCAACCCACAACAAGUCAGCGGUCCCUUCCAAGGGCAGAAGCACGUCGAAGUGUGACCAAGGCACCAAGUCGACCAAAUUCGAUGCAAUCGCUUAAACUACCAGGUCACCGAGGCAGCCGAACAAGCUUCCAUCCGGGCUCUACGACAUCGCUAGUGACGACACCGAUUGAUGAGAAUGUACCCACCGAGUUCACGGCACCCAGAGGAUUUAAUCGACGGUCAUCUACUUCACCUUACAUGCUGCCCAAGCGACAUUCUUCCGCUGGAUCACUUCCCUUGACGAGCUUCGGCCGUCCGCACAGUGCACAUCUAGGCAAUAAUGUACGACUCAGCGGCGCCUAUGACGGUUCUCAGUAUAGGACGACGAGCCAGGAGAACCUUCAAUCCUCAUCACUAGUGCAAGGGGUUCGUCGUGACUCGUACAACUCGCGCCUCCCCGCGGAAAGAAAUCUAGCGAACGAAGCCCAGAAACGAAAAUCAUUGUUGGCGGACUGGCGACUGUCACAGCAACAAGGAGCAUCGAGCAGCAAUCUUAUGAGCAAAGCCAUGGACAUGAGCCGAGCGCAGAUGCGGGCAGAUAAGGAGAAUCAAAAGAUUCAGCAGGAAUAUGAUCAGACGGCACAGCAAAGAAAGCAAUACGCCAUCGAUCAAGUCAUGAGAAGACCGGAUAUGCAAGACCUUCAUCGUGAGGCCAUGCGCCGGAUGCAAGCAAGUGCAAACGAAAAGUUGAGGAGUUCAACAAGGUGAUUCGUGUUUGAGAAUGGCGCUAUGCAUUUGAAGCAGGAUGAGGGAAACAGCAUCUUCUGGAAGCAUCUUCUUGGAGACAUCAGCAACUGGAAAGCAAAGACGGAGUCUGUCAUUUCGGUUGCACACAGAGAAGGCUACAUGCAUGGCCUGCAAGGGAUUCUAAUCUCAUCACAAGAUGAUGGACGGCGCACAGCAAAUUUCUGGUAACGAGACGUAGUAGAUCAUGAUACCCAGGGCAUUUAAAAGACAGUGUGGUGUUAGAGUAAUAUGAUAAG